AUGGAAACUAGUAUUUGGGCUUUUUACUAUCUACAGGGUGAAGAUGGCGAAGAUCGUGCACAUCCAAAUGCUUUUCGAUUAACUGGUAUCUCUUCAACUACCGACGUCGUGACACUUGCAGACGUACUUCGAUGUUUUCCACUACCUAAUCCAAGAGCUUUUCAUUUUCGAUUUCGACUUAAUAGCAAUAAGAAUCAUACAUUCUAUUGGUUGGACGUGACACAACCUAUGGAAAAGGUGCCAAUGGCUAGUGGACGUGUUAUUUGUAAACUCCUGCGUCUGGAACGACCCCAGAAAUUUGGUUUAGUUUUACGACGUCGACCCGUGUUGAAAUUGGUGAGUGGAAAUCGACCAUUAAGACAUCAAAGUAGCUCCUCCAAUGGACUUGGUAAUAGUUCAAGUAGUGUGCAGUCAUUAAAGAAUGUACAGCCAUUGGAAGAUGGGGGUCAGAGGUUCCAUCGGUCGUCGUCUUUAUCAGCAUUUGAACAAGGUCGGCCAACUAAGUACUCGGACAGGGCACCAGACAGUAGUAAUGGAGCAGAUACCCGGCUGAGUAAUGCGUCAAGUCACGCUUCUUCCAUGUCUGGAGACAAGAAAUCGGUAUCACGAACAGGAUCAGGAUCCAAGGCAGUGAUGCCAGCACAAGAAAACCUUGAAGAUUUUCUGUCAGGUAGCCAACAGGUAUCAGGUGCUAUUGUUACUUCGGCAGCCUCAAUACCUAAUAAAGAUGUAAACCUGAUGAGCGAUAGCAGCUGGACUGACGCACCAGCUACGCUAGCACAGCCUACUGCGAACUCUGACUUUCUGAACGCGAUGGACCCAUUGGCGGCUCGUGCUGCGCCGGCUCCUCAGAUGUCACCAUCAAAUGCUGUACAUCGAGAUUCGCCCAAGUUCGACGACGAUAACGGACAAACUGUAGGUCCCGUUACCAUAGCAGAGAUGGAGGCACACUCCAAGUCCACGUCGGAUGGGUCCAACGUGUACAAUCCAAAUCUGGUGGACAAGUCGACGAAGAGUGAAGGUGUGCGCCGCGCAAUGGAAGAGCGUGAGCGACGGGUGCAGCGCGAUGUGGAGCGAGCUCGUGAAGCUUUACGCAAGCGCGAAGAAGCCGUACGCAACAUGUCUGCCAUGAAAGACAACGCGAACGCUAUAAUUGGCCCCAAAGUGAAGAGUUGGGCGGAAGAUAAUGGUCAGGUGAAGAACAUUCGCACGCUGUUAUCUACAAUGCACCAGGUCAUGUGGGAAGACAGCAAGUGGCCCGAGGUGAACAUGGGCAAGCUCAUUCAGCCUAGCGAUGUGAAAAAGCAUUACCGCAAGGCCAUGAUUGUUGUACACCCUGACAAGUCCGGUGGACGCAACGCGGAGCAAUUGUUGAUUGCUGAGCGCGUUUUUGCGGCACUGAACACCGCUUGGGAUGAUUUUCAGAAGACUAAUUCAUGCUAG